UGCGUUCGCAGUUUGCAAACUAAAAUUAGUCAAUAUAUUUUGUGUUUUGCCAGACAACACAAACAUAAAUCAGUUAAACGUGUAGGAUGAUUUAAAUGCAGAUUUAGAUGUUCAACAGAUCAUAAACAUGAGACGUCUAUUUAUCACAUUCUUCCUUUUAACAAGGUCAAUUAUCGCCCAAAAUCCAACACCAUGUCCCGAAAUAUUUUUGUAUGAACCAAAAACACCCGGCGAUAGGUGGUAUGGAGUAGUAAGAUUUUCUUUACGGAAAAAUAUUACGGGGAUAUGGCUGCGUAUUACCCUUGACCAACCAGCAGACAUAUUAGGGAACUGGUUUGGCCAAGUAACCACUUCGGAUAAUACGGUAUACGAUAUCCGUAGGCCAGAGUAUAUAUUGGAAGCCGGUUUUAUUCUCUCUGUGCGUUUUUUUGUAAAAUAUAAUCUAGCUCGUACCAUUCCCAGCCUCGAGAUGAUAAAACUUAAUGGGCAAACAAUUUGUGCGGUUGGGACAACGGAAUUAAGUUCUACGACCCCCAAGCCACAGACCAACAAACCGCAAAUAGAGGAUUUUAAUGAACAUCACACGAUUGAAUCCAGUACAAAUAAACCUGGUAAACCACAGCCUAGGCAUUCAGUAGAAGAAGUCGAUCCAGAUAGUGAAUUUUACCAAGGCGACUAUAAUCUCCCACCAAGUUCUCCUAGAAUCCUAUCUGAUAAGUCACCACUACGCGAAUCGCCUAACUGUGGGACUACUGUGCCUAGAAACACUUCAAUACCAUUCAAAGAUGGAGACACGUGGCGAGGGCAAUGGCCAUGGCACGCAGCUUUAUACCGAUCCAAAGGUGCAAACUUAGUUUAUAUAUGUGGUGCUACACUCAUAACGGAACAACAUGUUAUUGCUCCGGCACAUUGCGUUACCAGAUAUCACACGAAAGAUGCUGGGCAGCCAAACAGCUUCGAAGUAAGUCUAGGUAAAUUUUAUCUAACUAGGUUCGAAACUGAUAUACAAAACACAGUUGUAUCUGACAUAAUUAUCCACCCCGAGUACAACAGUUUAAUAUAUAUUAACGACAUAGCAGUUUUAAAGCUGUCAAAACCAGUAAAGAUUACAAAUUUUGUGAGACCGUCCUGCUUGUACGACAGAGACUCUGAUUUGAACAGUAUUACUGGUAAAGAAGGAACCAUAGUGGGUUGGGGUAUUGACAAAAACAGGAAACUAAUGCAAGUUAAAAUGACUAUAGUGCCCAUAGAGAAUUGUAUUUCCUCGGAAGUCAUACCCGACAAAAUCUACUGUGCUGAAUUUAUGAAUGGCAUAUCUUCCUGCAUCUUAAGAUCAGUUAGUGGAAUGGUACUUUCAAAAGAUGGAACGAAUUAUCAAAACACUGUGUGGCAAAUUAGGGGCAUAAAUGUAUUUUCCGAAAUCCAAGCACCAUGUGAUGAGAUAAAGCACAUGAUUUUUACCGACGUCGCCAAAUAUACUGGAUGGUUGCAAGGAAUUAUUAAAAGCGACAGUGAAAAUACAUAAAUAUUCUCUAACAAAACCAUUUUUA